GUGUGUGUGUGUGUGUGUUGUAGGCCUCAUAUGUCUACGUCAGGGAUGGGACGCCUCCUAUCGUACGCGGAUCCCAGCGCUCAGCCCCGCUGCUGCCGCUGUCCCACUCCGUGACUCCCGCACACUCGCAGCCGCCGUUCCACUUCGGGACUACCGCACACACUUGUUGCUGCUGUCCUGCUCCGGGACUUCAGCACACACACUUGCUGCCGUCCCACUCGGGGAAUCUCGCCCACACUCGCUGCUGCUGUCCUGCGGCGGUCGCUUUAUUGCCUGAGACAAGCGCAUGACCGCAAUUGAGCAGAGAGGGAUUACUUUUGGUUCACAUGGCCCGAUGACAUGAUGUCACUUCCCCUUCCCCCCUCCCGCCUGGUCUCCUCGGUCCUCCCUCUGCUCCUCCUCUUCCUCCCGCCGUCCUUCCUCUCGCCCGCCCUCUCCCACGCGCCGCUGAGCUGGACCUCGCCGCAGGACCCCUGCUACCACCAUGACGGGCGUCCGCGCCACUGCCUGUCCGAGUUCAUCAACGCCGCGUACGGCGUCCCCGUCACCGCCGGCAACUCCCUGCGCCGCCCGGAGCCCGGGGCCGGCGUCACCAGCGCCCUGACGGACCUCCACAACCCCCACAACCUCAGCUGCUGGAGGUCCCAGGCCGGCGGGGGCGGGGACUGGGUCAUCACCCUCCCCCUGGGCCGGCGCUUCGAGGUCACCUACGUCAGCCUGCAGUUCUGCCACCAGGGGGCGCCCCCGGAGCCCUUCUCCAUCUCGGUGCUGAAGUCCAUGGACCACGGGCGGACGUGGCGGCCCAUGCAGCACUACUCCAGCGACUGUCCCGGGACCUUCGGCCUGCCGGCCCGCACCGUGGCCCAGACGCGGCACCGCGAGACGGAGCCCCUGUGCUCGGACCCCCGGCCCCUGCCCAAGCACCGGGGGGGCACGGUGCUGGCCUUCUCCACCCUGGACGGGCGGCCGUCCUCCGUGGACUUUGACCACAGCCCCACCCUCCAGGACUGGGUGACGGCCACCGACGUCCGGGUGGUGUUCCACCAGGCGUCCAGCGCGGGACGCCCCGUCAGGCCCGGGGGGAGGGGAGGGACGGGGGAGGGGGCCGGUCCGGGGGUGGGGGAUGGAGAGGACGAGGAGGAGGAGAGUGGGGGGCCUGGCUGGAGGGCAGGCUCCCAGGGAGCCGCCGGAGAUCAGGUGGACCAGGGGCCGGCGUCGGACAACGGACUGACGUAUCUGGAGAGGGAGCUGCAGAACACCGGGACGGGGGCCCGGAGGGACAAGGGGGAGAAGCCCCCCAGGAAGGGGCACCGCAAGGGCCUGGGGGGCCCGGGGGGGGAGGAGCUCAACGUCACGGGCGAGGGGGGCGGGGACGUUUUCGGCCGGGACGAGGCCCCGCCCCCGAAGACGAGGGCGGGGAAGGGCCGGAAACGGGGCCGCAAGAAGGACCAACCGCAGUGGCCCCCGUGUCCGGGCGCGGGGUGUCGCUGGAGGGUGGAGCAGGGCCAGAGCGGCCGAGACCACCAGGGGGGGGGGCGGGAGCUGAGGCGGCGGAGGAACCAUCAUCACGCGGGGAGGGGCUUCGGGAACAUGCAGCUGGCCCCUCCCCCGCCACGGGUCUCGGCCCCGCCCCCGGCGCCCCCUCUGGCGCUCUCCGACCUGCAGGUGGGAGGCCGGUGCAAGUGCAACGGCCACGCCUCCAAGUGUCGCCGCGACGACCACGGGCGGGCGGUGUGCGUGUGCGAGCAUCACACGGCGGGGCCGGACUGCGACGUGUGCGAGGACUUUUAUUUUGAUAGGCCCUGGCACCGGGCCACGCCCACGCAGCCCAACCCCUGCGUCGCGUGUGAGUGCAACGGCCACUCCUCCAAGUGUCGCUUCAGCAUGGAGGUGUUCCAGCAGUCUGGGCGCCGCAGCGGGGGGGUGUGCCAGAAGUGCCGUCACCACACAGCCGGGCGCCACUGCCAGUACUGCCAGGGGGGCUACGCCCGCGACCCCGCCCAGCCCCCCACCCACCGCAAGGCCUGCCGACCCUGUCAGUGCCACCCACUGGGCGCGGUCGGCGGCUUGUGCAACCAGACCUCGGGUCAGUGUCUGUGUCGGGACGGCGUGACCGGCCUCCGGUGCAACCGCUGCGCCCCGGGGUUCAAGCAGGGCCGGUCCCCACUAAGACCCUGCAUACGAAUUCAAGAGGUCGCCCCUACCCCGGUGUUCCAGCCGCAGUACAGCAUAGCGGAGGAGUGUGUUUCUUACUGCCAACCGGCUCAGCUUGAAGUGAGGAUGAACUUGGACACCUACUGUCUCAAGGAUUACGUGCUGAAGAUCCAGGUGAAGGCCAUGGAGCGCUCGGGCCCCUGGUGGCAGUUCUCCAUCGCCGUGCAGACCGUGUUCCGCACGGGGUCCACGCCCCGCGUCCGCAGGGGCCCCCGGGCGCUGUGGGUCCCCGACCGCGACCUGGGCUGCGGCUGCCCCGCCCUCCACGUGGGCCGCACCUUCCUGCUCAUCGGCUCCGAGGAGGGGGGCCGCGACUGGGCCCCCGGGGAGAGCCGCCUAGUGGCCGACCGCUCCACCACCGCCCUCCAGUGGCGGGACCACUGGAGCCCCAAGCUCAGGGGCUUCCGGGGGCAGGACAAGAGGGGCCGUUGCCCCCCGAAAGCCCCCCCCCACCACCGCCACCACCACCACCAACGGCCACACCGCCGCCCCGUUGAGCCGCAGAGGGGCUACAUCCCGCCGCAUCUAGUGACGGGGGGCGACGGCGGCGGAACACACGGACCACACGCGCGCUCGGAGGAACCGGCCCCCGAGAGCGUGGAGAGCGCAGAGAACGUGGGGGGGACGGGCGCGAGCGCUAACGUCCGCGACGACACGCCGACCUCGCCGACACCCGAGAGCCCUGAGCUGUGGACGUUCGCUGUUUCGGCCCCCGCUAAUCCGUCCCCCGCUGAUUCGGCCCCCACGAAUCCUGUCCUCCUCACAAAUCCGGUCCCCACAACUGGGGUCCCUACAAGUUGGGUACCCACUUUGCUGUGUUCCAGCCGACCUCCCGCGGUCUGACAGGAGACACACACACAGUCCCACACACAGGUACCAUGUGGAUAUCAGAUGUGAGAAUCACGUAAAGACACACGGUGAAAGACAUUAAUAGAGGAUAGUAAGUUAUUUGUUUGUUUGGUGUUCGUCCGCAAGAAAGGACGAUGGAUCACAGCAUUUAUUUUGAGUGGCUGUUUAUUAUUUUUGGGGGGACUAUAGACGAAUGUAUUGUGAUGUAUCCACACACACAUAGAGCCACGCACACACACACACGCACACGCACACGUACACGCACAUGCACACGCACACCACACACUUACAAGCCUUGGCAGGGAACUCAGAACUAAAAAGUUUCUCUUCGGUAAUGUCAAGGGCUCUUUUUAGAGUAGGUCAUUUCAUAAGUACUAUAUUUGACAGUUGACAGGAAAUUAAAAUUAAAAUGCCAAUUAGUUGAAUUCAGGUCAAGACAAAAGUGCCAAAGAGUAUGUCUUAUUGACAUGUAUUAUAUUUAACACUGAUUUAUUGAUGAUUAAGUUUUGGAAAUAGAGCGUCAAUAAAUGUAUCAAUAGAACUUUCAAAUACAUUUAAUAUAUAAUCAAACACCCAACAGUUUAGCCAAAGAAAGCCAGAAAUAGAACCGACUUUUCUACCUCACAUUUGCAAUGGUGUUUGACUAAAGAUGAGCUGACGCAGAUUAUUGAUCCAAAUAACUUUCAAGGUAAAAUUCUAAUAGUUCAAACUUAUGUUUUUUAAUAUAAUGCUGCAGACAAAAUCUAUACACUGAUCUUUUCUUCUUCUUCUAUUUCUUCUUCUUCUUCUUCUAUUUCUUCUUCUUCUUCUUCUUCUUCUUCUUCUUCUUCUUCUUCUUCUUCUUCUUCUUCUUCUUCUUCUUCUUCUUCUUAUAAAAAUAUAUUAUAACAAAAUGUAAAUUAUUUAAUUAUUUUAAUUUCAUUAAAUCCAUGCUCUUACUAAAUCUUGUGUGUCUUGGAUAUGUAGAGGAAAAUAAUUUUGAAUUUUCUUUCUUUCAAGCAAGCAAGCAAGUAUUAGAGGGUUCACAUUUAGUAAGAAUGUCACAGACAAUAGAAGGUUAAAGUGGAACACAUGAGUGAUUUGUGUCACUCUGCUGUACCCCAGGCCCGUCAAGCCUCCAACAGCUGCAGUGUAUUCACGGGUGUUUGGCGAAACGCGUUUCACGGCAAAGAGAUAUGGCCAGGAAUGUCCAACACAUUGUGCACUGUAAAGUUCACGUGAAUAAAAUCGAAAAAAGCAUUGACUUACAAAGAAGCCACUUUUUUCCUGCCACCUUGUGUCACCUAUAUUAUUGUGCCCAUUAUGUGUGUAUAUAGAGUUGCAAAGUUUGGGGUCAUUAUCACAACUUUUUAUUUUUAUUUUAGUACAAAACAAGCCUGUCAAAAAAACGAUAGUUUUACUCCUGAUGUUUCAUUUGACAAAUCAACAGUGUUACCCCUUAUGUUUUUUUUCCUGACGACAGUGUUACCCCUUAUGUUUUUUAUCAUUUUCACAACUUUUUAUUUUUAUUUUAGUACAAAACAAGUCUAGCAAAGGGAAUUAAAAUGACAGUGGAAAAUAAACCAGAUGGGAUUCGAGAUCUGGAAGCGUACUUUGGCAAAAACAAUAAAUGUCCGCUUUUAUCACAUGUUUAGUGCAUUGUUUCAUUAUGUUCACAUAACUAUGACUUCUAAAAUGUUUUUUCUUUGUCUUAUUGCAAGUUCGGUUUUGACCAUAAAACAUAACUUACAACCAACAGUUUGCAAUAGUAUCCAGCUGCAGCCCCGGAGAACAACACCCUGGCGUGACAGAACAUCCAGGCGGGACGGAAGUACUGUGGCUGGACGGAAGUUACCUCCGAUUAUUUUAAAUCUGAUGAAUUUAACCGCGGGUCGAACCAAUGAUGAAAGUCUUCAACAGCGGAUGAAACAGGACAUGAAACAGUACAUUUGUUACGAAUGAGAUCAAUCUUAUUUUAGAUUUCUGUUGCCUACUGUAAAACAGAAGAGAUCAGUCGGAGUCAAUUGCGAAUCCGAUAAAGUUGGAUGGAAGCCAAUGAGUUGGAUGACACCUAGGAUAAUCCCUCAAACCACAAAUCUAUGAACAAGAUAUGCAUUGAAGUAGAAACAUUUAUUUAUUUUUAUUUGCUCGAAGGAACUUGAUCUGCUUGGGACGAGGAAACGCACUGCUGCCAGUUUCUAGAUUUCUUUCUACUAACCUACUAACUUUUUUCCCUGGCUGUCUCGCUUGGUAAAAAGACGAAAGAUCACACGUUGUUGGUUUGAAACUAUGUUUCUUCUGCGUUUGCCUACCCUCCACAGACACAAGACAACGACCUUUGAGCAGACCACUGUACAGAUGGCAACGACAAGUGAACCAUACGAAGAAUUAACAGAAGGGGCACAAGAUCUAAAGCGCACCUCGAUGUGAUACACGCAAAGUAAUCUUAUUUAAGAAAAUUGGAAAACUCAUGCUUGUAUAUAUUUAAAAAAAUACUAUUUUAGAUGUCAUUUUUCAAAACUUGAACAAGUACAUUUAAUCACACAAACCUUAUUCUAAUUUAAACUUUUACAAUGGAUGAUGUGAACGAUGUAUAUUUGAAUGUAGAAGUUGUUUCAAGUAAAGCAACCCUUAAAAAAAAACAUGGGUGUUGUGUGCCUGAGUUUCUCAAUCCGUCCCACCCAUUAACUGAACUAUAUCAACAGUUAAAAACUAGCCAUGAAACGUCCAUUCAUUCAGUUCAAUACUUCUAUAUUCCCCCUCCCUCUCCGAAUGGAGAAGGAAUUGAAGAGAUGAGAUGAGGAAUUCUUUUAGCGUUUGGUAAUAAAGUCAUUGUGUGAAUAUAUUCUCAAAUAUAAAAUCUGAGCAUGUACUGCUAGUGUCUUGGUGGUGAAGUGGUGAGACCUGAAGAUUCAAGAACAGGAGACAAGGGUUCAAGUCCUGCACAAGUCGGUUGUUUUUCCAAAAUUCAUUGUGGGAAUAUAAUCUCAAAUAAAAGGUUUAACCAUGUAUAGCUAGUGUCUUUGUGGUGCAGUGGUAAGAUAGGUUGAUUAAAGUGCUGGAACAGAAGAAAGCUUCAAGUCCUUAUGUUGGUGGCUUUUCAUAGCGUGAAUGUAAUGUCAAAUAUGACCUCCGGCCAUCAGAAAGCAUCGGAUCUGUGGUACAUUGAAUCGAGCUCUCUGUAAACGGUGCUGAGGUUGUGUGUUCAAUUCCUGCAAAGAUUGGUCACUAUAGAUCUGAAAGUUGUUUUUAAUCAUACGAGAUCUAGGAAUUCAAGUCAAAUCUAUCCUCCACUGCGGUCAUACACAAUGACUUGGUGGUGUAGUGGGGAGAGCAAGUGGUUAUGAUCAUCAGGGUUCCUGGUUCUAGUUCCCCUCAUGUCUAACUAUAUAUUCUUUAAAAAAAAAUAUAUAUAUAUAUUUGGGAGGGGGGAUGGUUAACUUCAUCACAAUACUUUCAAAACGUUAAUUGUGCAAAAAAGUUGCAAGACCCUCUUGGUUGUAACCUCCAAAUGUUAUGAUCUGUGUCUUGGUGGUGUGGCGG